GAAAACCACGUCAUCUCUGACAGGAGGCGGAAGAGGUUAUUUAUUGUUCGGCAGUGGCUGCAAGUCCCACCGUGAGCUCCACUCCAUCCAUCAAAUCGUGAUGGUGAGGCACUGACCACCGCCGGUGACCGAACCCACUGCAAGGCAGGCGGAGAGAAACCAACGGACCCUCCCCCUCCCUACAAAACAAAACGGAAAACUCUCCCCUUAUUCGAAUAAGGGUAGCGAGGCCCUGCCUGCCUGUCUGUGCCCCUCCCUCCCUCUUCUGCUUCCUCCAUCUUCCUUCUUCUAAUAAAAGUUAUUUUUGUGAGAGACCUCUCCAGUUCGGGCCCCGCCGCAGACACAGCGGUCUUCCAUGGUAUGGUAAAGUGCGUUAACUUCCUCGCUAGCGAUAAGCGAACCAACCAAUAUCCUCAUAUCGAAUUCGAAAGAAAAAAGGGAAAACCGCGAGGGGAUGGUAGUAAAAUAUUUAGAAACAAGGCAAUAAUAACAAAAUCAUCGCCUCGUGGAGGCCUUCCCUUUCCCGGUGGGUCUUCAUCGUCUGGCGACAACCCCAAAAGCCAAUUAGAACACAUAAGCCAACAAGAGCACCCCCAAAAGCAAGAGAUCGGUCUCCUCCCUCUGCUUCUCCGCUCUUUCACAUGCAUGUGCCUUCCGGUGCACCAAAACCGUCGUUUCCGGCGUCAUGAUCUGAAACCAACCCCCGACAGAUUCUCUCUCUCUCUCUCUCUCUCUCCCUCAAGUGCAGCCGCACCUCAACGCCCUUUAGUAGGCUCCUACUCGUAUCGCUGAUUCCUCCUCGUUCUACACUUGUAGCACACCUCUUUUGGAUGGAUUCUGUGCAGAUCGACAAGGGCAAGAACAGAGCCCGCUCUGAGAGAGCGCAGGGGGAAGCAGAUGAGGAGAAGGAGGAGGAAGACGAGAAACUGAGGAAGAGAAAGAAGGCGUUCCUCUACUCCGGGAUCAUCGCCUUCUUCGUCUUCUUCGGCGUGCUGCUGGUGCUUGGCCUCACUGUCUUCAGAGCGAGGCACGCCGUCACUGCCGUCAACUCGAUUAACCUCAGGAGCCUGGACGCGAAGUUCAACCUGCAGAGGCUGUCGGUGGACCUGAACGUGACGCUGGAGCUGGGCCUCUCCGUCAAGAACCCAAACAAGGUCAGCUUCAAGUACCACAACAGCUCCUCCCUCCUCUACUACAGGGGCCGCCUGGUCGGCGAGGCCGACAUCCCCGCGGGCGAGAUAUUCCCCGGCCAGACCAUCGACACCCACUCCGUUCUCACCAUCCUGGCGGACCGCCUCCUCUCCGAUUCCAACGCCUACACAGACGCGAUCGCCGGCAGCCUGCCCAUGACGGCCUUCACCAAGAUCUCCGGCACCGUCACCAUCCUCAGGAUGUUCAAGAUCCACCUCGUCUCCUACACCGACUGCGAGCUGUCCAUCGAUAUGCGCAAUCGGACGGUCGAGAAAUCGGACUGUAAAUACAAGACCAAGUACUAAAGUAUCGCUUCAUUUUUCUUUUUUGUUUUCCCUGCUUUCUCUGUUUUGACCGCUAGACUUGAGCUUUCUACCUCAGAGGGGUAAGAGCAGAUCAUGGUUAUGGUGAUGAACGAUCGAUUCGAGGUGUUUUUGUCUUUUGUCA